UCGGCGGUAUUCGUGAACGGCCCUGCCGCGGUCACACUGGUGAAUCGAGACAAAUCGCGGAAAAAAAAGGCAGCCGCAUUUUGUAAAUUAAGUCCGAAUUACAAGCGAUCCGGAUCUUUGCCAGGCGAAAAAACCACAACGGCGACAGCAGCGCAGUGCGGAAAGCAGGCGGAAAAGUGAGGAAAAGGCGCACCACAUACGCACGUACACACGUCUCGUCUCGCCUCGCUCGUCGACGGGGGAAUAUAUGUAUCCGUCUGGGUGUGCGUGUGUUGGUGUGCGCUGCAGCAGCAGCAGCUUCUAGGCGCGACAGAGAGGGGCAUAGAUUCCCUUUCGACUCGCCAGUCGCGACUUGCGGAGCGUCGCGCGAGAGAGCGAGAGAGCAGAAGAGGGGCAGCGAGCCAGGGAGCCAGAGAGCGAGGGCCAUGGACGGCGUUUGGAUGUUUUUGGGGAACAAAGGCGUCAAGAGCUAAAAUGAUUUGGCACAGCAGCGGCGACAUAUUUUGGAUACGCAGCCAAAGCCAAGUCCAAGCCAUCCAGCGCGACAACCGAUUCCAACUCCAACUCCAAUCGCCGUGUGCAUGUGUGUGUCUCGACGAAAAGCCGUGGAAAAAGACGCACGCACACACACGCACACGCACACUGGGGCAGCAGCAACAGCAGCAGCCGCCGCAGACAAAGCAUCGUUUGGCGAGUGCGAGCGAGAGGCAAUAGCGCCUUAGUGAAUAAUUCAUUUAAGACUGUCCUGCAGAAUGGUCGUCGGCUCGAAUCACACGCGGCGCGGUGAAACUGGCAGCAGAUUUACAAACAGCAGCAGCUCCAGUGGCUCGAACGGCGGCUCCAGCGCCUCGGCCAGCAGCACCACCAGCGCAACGUCUUCACUAGCCAGCAGCUCCAACUCCUCGUCGACCACGACGGCGACGGCUGCGGCUCUGCUGUCGUCCAUGUCCCACAAGGGUCAUGGCCCCCCGCCGUCAGCGCACCACCAGGCGAGCCAGCAGCAGCACCACCACCAGGCGGCCAACCACCACCCACAUGCGCCCCACUACCAGCCGGCGAACCAGCACCCCGGCCACCACCAGCAGUCGCAUCACUCCUCGAACGGCGGUGGCGCCGGCGGAGGUGGAUCUGCUGGCUCGGGAUCGGGAUCGGUGGGCAGCGGGCUCAAUGGCUGCAACGGCAGCGCCGUCAGCCGCCUGUCGCAGUCCACUGGGAUGUCGCCGCGUGAGCUGUCCGAGAACGACGACCUGGCCACAUCGCUGAUCCUCGAUCCGCAUCUCGGCUUCCAGACCCACAAGAUGAACAUACGCUUUCGCCCCCUCAAGGUGGACACGCAGCAGCUGAAGGCCAUCGUGGAUGACUUCAUCCACACGCAGAACUACGAUGUGGCCAUCCAGCGCAUCUACGACGGUCCGUGGAUACCGCGUCACCUCAAGAACAAGAACAAGAUUGCCACCAAGCGGCUGCGCGAUCAUAUUGUCAGAUACCUGCGCGUUUUCGACAAGGACAGCGGCUUUGCGAUCGAGGCCUGCUACCGGUACUCGCUGGAGGAGCAGCGUGGCGCCAAGAUCAGUUCGACCAAGCGCUGGUCGAAGAACGACAAGAUCGAGUGCCUGGUGGGCUGCAUCGCCGAGCUGACGGAGGCCGAGGAGGCCGCCCUGCUGCACUCGGGCAAGAACGACUUCUCGGUGAUGUACAGCUGCCGCAAGAACUGCGCCCAGCUGUGGCUGGGACCGGCUGCCUACAUCAACCACGAUUGCCGCGCCAACUGCAAGUUUCUGGCCACCGGCAGGGACACCGCGUGCGUUAAGGUCUUGCGCGACAUCGAGGUGGGCGAGGAGAUAACGUGCUUCUACGGCGAGGACUUCUUCGGGGACUCCAACCGCUAUUGCGAGUGCGAGACGUGCGAACGCCGCGGAGCCGGCGCCUUCGCCGGCAAGGACGAUGGCCUGAUGCUGGGUCUGAGCAUGGGACUCGGCCUGGCCACCAGUGGACCCGGCAACAACGGUGGCUACCGCCUGCGCGAGACGGACAAUCGGAUCAAUCGCAUCAAGAGCCGGGCUAACUCCACGAACAGCACCUCGAACAGCAAUAGCAACACAAACGAUUCCACUGGCACCAGCGAGAGUAGCAGCACGAACGGACUGGUCGUUUCCGGCGGCGGCGGCGGAGGAGGAGCAGCAGCAGCGGCUGGUGGAGCGACCGGAGCUGCAGGAGCCCCUGGAGGAGCAGCAGUGCCGGUGGCAUCGCAGGCACCCACUGCUGGCGGCGGCAAGGAGGCCACUGCCCCUGUCUCGCUGCUCGAAAAGAAGCUGCCCAACGUGGUGGUCUCGCCGCUGACCAUGAAGGAGCUGCGCCAGAAGGGCAUGACCAAGUACGAUGCCGAGAUGAUCAUGGCCAACGCAGCCUACCAGCAGCAGCACCACCAUCAGCACCAUUUCCAUCACCACCACCAUCAUCACCACCAUCACCACAAUCAUGGCCAGCAUGCCAGCACUGGAGCCGAGGCCACAGCGGCUGUGCAGCAGCUGGCCGCCAUGCAGAAGCCAGGCGGCGGAGGAGGAGGAGGAGCAACCGGAACUGGCACUGGAGCGGGAGCAGGAGCCGGUGCAGGCGCUGGAGCAACAACAGUGGGUGGCGUGGCCGGCGGAGCGGGCUCCGAGGUUAAUGGCGGUCGCUCCAGCAGUCUGCGCAAAUCGAUGCGAGUGAACAGCACCAGCAGCAGCGUCUCGACCGCCUCCACGGACGAGGUGGUGGUGGCGGCGGCCCCCGUGCACGUGGCCAGCAUUCCGCUAUCCACCAAGGCGCCGGUGGUCCUGGUGCCGCGCUGCAAGCCCGCCCAGAUGGCCAUCGCCGCACUGCACCAGCGGCAGCAGCGCCAGCUGAGGCGCAGCGAGCGCCAGAAGGAGAAGCUCACGGACGGCGAGAGCAGCGACACCAGCGGCGAGCAGCAGAAGAGGGAGCACAACAAUCAACAGGAUCACCCGCUGCCGCCCAAAAUGUUCAUCUUGGCGCAGGAGGCGCACCCCGAGAAGACGGAGGAGAAGCAGCAGGAGCAGCAGCAGCAGCAGCAUCAGCAGCAACAGGAGAAGCGUGUGACGCGAAAUAGUGCGGGAAGAGGAGGAUUGGUAGCCAGAUUAGCCACUGCCCAUAACAAUAACAUUGCAACCACAACAAGCAACAACAGCAGCAGCAGCAGUAGCAGCAGCAACAAAGCAACAACGAUUACAAAUUGUAAUAAUCAUAAUAGUAAUAAUAGCAGUAGAAUUAAUCAUAAUUCUAAUCUUAGCGGUAGACUUAGUGUUAAAUCGAAGAAGCCAGCACCAAGUGAGGCCUCGUCCACACCCUCAUCCACAUCCACAUCCUCAGAAAACCAGCAUCAGCAGCAGCAGCAGCAGCAUCAUCAUCAGCAGGCAACGCGUCGCAGUCGCAGCCCGAGUCCCGCCUACAAGAAGAACCUUUUAGCCAGCUUCGAUCCCGAUUCGGUUCCCUCCAAGCCAGCAACAAUCAAGGAGCAGCAGCAGCUGGAUAAGCAGAAGCAAAGGGACGAAGCGGCCACGAGUUCCCCGGCCAAGCAGAAACGGAGUCGCCGGGCAGCCGCCCUGGCAGCGGCGCAGAGUAUCCACUGCGAGGCCCUGGGCGGAUUCUCGUCGGGAUCCAGUGGUGGCGGUGGGCAGCGCAAGAGAGCCAGCCAGGCAGCCGGCGAGGCGGCCCCCUCGUCGUCCUCCGCCGCGAGCCUCAGCAAUGUGGAGCCGCUGCUGAAGACCCCGGAGCGCAGGCUGAAACUGACGCUGCGCAUGAAGCGCUCGCCCAUUCUGGACGAAGUUAUUGAGCUCGGCACGAGUCUGAGCAAUGGCGGCGCCGGGCGCAAUGCCUUGGGCUCCCAUCGCGGCGGAGCAGAUGGUGCAGAUGGAUCGGGUAGAGCUGCGCUAAACCUCACCAGCAGCAGUUCCAACGGCAUUGAGUACGAGAUCCUGCGCAUGGAGGGCAUUUCCGAGCACGGGAACGAUGACGACGACGACGAGGAGCAGGAGGAAGAGGAGGAGGACGAAGCGCCAGCUGCCGAGGAGGAGGACGAGCCGCCGCCGAAGCGGGAGGAGGAGCCGCAGCUGCCCACCAAGAAGCAGCGGAAGAAACAGCGCAGCCGCAGCAGGAGCAGCCAGCGCAGAUCGCCGGCGCCGAGCAGCAGCAGUGUGUACGGCACACCGCAGAAGAAGCGACUGCGCCUGAUCUUUGGCAACGAGUCCCAUACCAUAGACAUUCCACCAGCGGCGGCCGAGGGAGCGGGCAGCAGCGGCAUGGACGACCUGAACAGCAGCGGAGGCGGUGGCGACGAGUCCUUCAACGUCUCCUAUGCCAGCAGCACUAGCUUGACCGUGAACACCUCCUCCAGCAGCACCAGUUCAUCCGGUGGCGGCGGCGGCGGUAGCGGCGGAGCCACCUCAUCCUCUGGCGAGGCAGUGGACUCCUCCUCAACGGCGGGCGGAGGAGCCACCGUUGCCGCCCAGUCGCCCUCGUCCACGACCAGCAGCUCCUUCCAGUCGGCCUGCACAUCGACCACCAACAGCAACAGCUACUUUCCCAACGGCAAGCAGCGUGCAGCUGGCGAGGACUCCUAUGCGCUGCACUACUACCAGCUGGGCAAGUUUGCUGGCACCUCGAGCCCGGGCCAGGGCCAGGCCAUUGUGAGCAGCAGCAGUGGCUCCUCGGGAGCAGGGGCAGCCGGCUUCCUCAGCAUGCCCAAGCACACCUUCGGCACCUGCGCCCUGCUGGCGCCCACCAGCUUCGCCAGCCUGCAGAGUCAGCCGCAGAUGAACCAGCAGAAGUCCGGCGGCGGCGGAGGAGUGGGAGUGGUGGCCACCUCGACGUCCACGGCAACAGCCGGCUCGCAUCAUCAUCAUAACAACCAUCAUGGCCAGAAAUAACCAACGACUGAUCUCCAAGCAAAUUGACUAAGCACAGCUGCCAUUGCCAAGGGAGGAGGAGGAGGAGGAGGAGGAGGUGGACUAGCGAGGAGGGGAGGGAUGCACGUCCAGGAGCAGGACAAGGACAAGGACAUGAAGAUGGACUCGGAGGAGGAGCACCAGGUGAAGCCGAGCAGGAAACGCGGGUGGCGACUGCGGGUGGCUGCGCUGCUGGCGUCUUGCCUCUGCUGCUGCUGAUGAGCCUGCGACACCCCACAAGACACCAGACCCUAGCUUAAGAUCUUAGAGCGUUUAGAUCCCCGAUCCCCCGUCGGAAAGCAAAAAACAGGCUGACAAAUUACUUGAAACCGAAUCCGGAUAUAUAUAUACAUAUACCUGAUUAUAACCUUGA